AACCGAACAACGAUCGCGCCCAGGUUCGUACAACAGCGGUGUAGAUUUGGUGGCUUACAACCUUACAACUCGAUUAGAUCGCUUGGUGUACAGUUCUCUUCCACUUCUCGGUGGCGGUGAUGCUAGCUUAGUGUGGUUUAAGUGCGUCGAUCAGGACAAUAUGAGUAAAAGCAAACCAGAUCUCAGCAAGCCCAAUGGAGCAGUUUUGCUUGAAUGGAAAAACCUGACCGUCAGCGUGCGGCCCUCCUCCGACCGACAGGGAGCAUCCGCAAACCAGUGGCACGGUCGGCCAGGACAUCAGCAGAAGCGGGAGAUCACUCUACUUCGAAAUGCCUGCGGAGCCGUACGAUCCGACAAUUUAGUGGCCAUCAUGGGUCCAAGUGGUGCUGGCAAAACAACGCUACUUGCAGCCAUCUCGAUGCGUAUUACCGGCACAACCACCGUCCACGGGAAGGUGCUUAUCAACGGGCUGUAUGUGACCAGGACGCAGAUGAAACAGCUGACCGGAUUCGUGCCGCAGUACGAAAUCGCCCUACAAACGCUGACCGUUGCCGAGCAUCUAACCUUUGUGGCUAGACUUAAAAAUGUCGGAUCUACCGCUGUGCUGCGCAUCGUCAGCGAGCUCGGCCUACAGGGCUGCUGGGGGACGCGAAUUGCUCAACUGUCGGGCGGUGAGCGAAGGAAGGUAAAUUUGGCCGGCGAGUUGCUGACCGAGCCGGAGAUUCUCUUCUGCGACGAGCCAACGACCGGAUUGGAUAGCUUCAAUGCUGCCUCGGUAAUGAAAACACUGCAGGGUCUGUGUGCCAACGGUCGACGCGCAGUCAUUUGCACGAUCCACGACCCUCCAUCGCAAGUGUUUCAGUGCUUUAGCGACGUUAUCCUGCUGCAAGAUGGCGGAACCGUCUUCUAUCAGGGACCAACAGCUGAUCGGAUAGAUUUUUUCAAUUCCAUCGGUAAGCAACUGCCGGCGAGUGGCAAUCCUGCCGACUUCUACUUCCAGCUCGUGAGCCCCGCUGCAAGUACGUUCGAGGCCAGUGAAGCAGAAGAAGCCAUCCAUCGGUACGAGAUCGUGCGCAAGGCUUGUCGGGAAAAUAUCGCCCGCAAGUGUCUGAUGACCCGGUACCACCAGGUAAAGAUUAUCCAGAAGUUGGCCAACGAUAAACACCGCGUGUCCCGGGCAAAACAGCUGAUGAUACUGCUCCAUCGGACGGCUCUCGACAGUUUCCGAAAGGUGCGCGAGUAUCUUACUGUGACAGCUAUAUUUCUGUUUACCAGCGUUGUGAUAGCGUCGUUGUACUACGAAGUACGUCCAACGUCACAAACAUCGAUCCAGGAUAUACGGGGAGCACUGUUUCUGAUGAUAAGCGAACUGGUCUACACGAUUAGCUACGGUGUGUUCUACACAUUCCCUUCCGAGAUGCCCUUGAUCCGUCGGGAGGUCGGCGAAAAGACUUACAACCUGUCCGUGUACUACGUUCACAAAGUCUUGUACAGCGUACCGAGAGCAUUCUUCGAAUCCUUCCUGUUCAUUGGCGUGGUGUACACGUUCGUCGGGUUCACGACGGAUGUACUCACGUACUGCUGCAUGUCACUAGUGGCCAGUGGUGCGAGUAUCCUUGCGAUGGCCUACGGCUAUCUACUUUCCUGCACCACUGGCACCAUGAACAUGGCCAUCGAGACAAGCAAUAUCGUGUUUCUGGCCUUCAUGCUACUUGGCGGUCUCUACCUUAACCUGCGAGCCUUCCCGCUGCUAAAGUAUCUCUCAUUUUUCUUCUUCGCCAGCGAGGGAGUUUCCGUGUACUACUGGCUUCCGGUGGAAUCGAUCCCUUGCAAUGAUUCGCCGAACGGCAACGAGACGAUCACCUGCCUAGCGAACGGGAAAGCUGUCCUAGAAGACGCUGGAUACGCGACCUCUUACGAGGCACUCCACGUAAACUAUCUUGUCCUGAUGGUCCAAAUUGUGCUGGUACAUCUGGUGUCGUACGUGUUGCUGCGGAAGUUUGUCCGCAAGGCUGGAUUCUACUAAUAAAGCUGUUCGAUGUGUUUGUGCGCAAUAAACGCUGUAAUUGCAUCUCACGCCAGUUGCUCCGGUAGAAGAUCAUUGCAGGAUGCAUCCAUCAACUUUA